AUGGAGCAGGCCUCGAACGUUGGUGACACUCGAAGACUCUACCAACUGAUCCGCCAAGUUAGCGGUAAGCCCUCUACACUGAGUGACUCUGUUCGCGACGUGAACGGCGGCUUUAUUGUUGACAACUCGGCCAAAAUCGAGUGCUGGCGUGAGCACUUUGAGCACCAUCUCAACUUCGAUACCCAACCUACCUCGCCCUUGCUCUCCUCUUCAGCGGAGUUUCUUCCCUCUCCUACUUAUGCAGUGCCACGCGACCCCCCUUCUGAAGGAGAAGUCGCCGAUGCCAUACGAAAGUUGCGCAACAAUAACGCACAAUAA